CUGCUGAGCACAUCCACAGCAAAAGACAAAGACAAAGCUUCAAGGCAAAAAACCGCUGUCAACUGUCACCAUGAAGGCUACACUCGCCACCAUCACUCUCCUGGUCCUGGCUCUCGGCUGGACGUCUGAGGCCGUGCAAGUCGAAGAAAAUGGAUUGUCUUUCUCACUGGAGGCCGUCAAGAGGCUCCAGGAGCUGACAGACAGCAGGUUUGCAACAGGACAACAAAACCCACGAUUCAGGACGAGCACCAUGUCCCUCUGUGCCGACCCCAUGCUCCCCCAGGAGUUUCUGCUGCUCUGCAGGCAGAGAGGCGCAUCCGCAUCUCUCACCAGACUAGCUGCGGUUCCCCUUGACGUCUGUGAGAUCUGCGCCUUUGCUGCCUGCACUGGCUGCUAAACAAACCCAGCAAACCAGAAACAUCGUGCCGAGCUUAAGACUUGUGAUUUUUUUUCCUCUCCUUCAAAACGUUUUCAGGGAAUUUCUUAAAAUUUUACCUGCAAUGAUGAGACGAUGACUUUAUGUUCCCUGAAUACCGAGGUUCUGACUAUGGUGCACUGGGCAUAAAUAUAUAUUGCAAACUGUUACUUUGUAGCAUAUUUACUAGAGAAGUUUUUUCUCAUACAUUUUAUUUUUGGAAUGACAUUGUUUGUUACAAUUCUAUCUUACCAAGCUUUGUAUUGUAUUUAAAGGAGUGGUUUCUUUUUGCAUUUUUCUCUUUUUUUGAACAUUGUUUUG